AAGAAUAAAAGUAAUACAAGUAAUAAAACCCCUAGGACCUUGUAAACAAGCUGAUCUAUCUGAUGUGGAACGACUGGAACGAUGAAGUAAGGCAGCGGGCAGCACAGGCCCUGGGCAAGCUGGGGAAGGGGAGACAAGUGCACAAUGAACUGAGUGAGAAGCUGGAGGAGGGUCAAGGGUCAUGGCGGGUGGAGGCGCUGGUGCUCAUCGGCCAGCUACGCAUCAUGACGGCCAAGCUGCUGCCGCCCUUUCUGCUCUGCCUGAACGACAGCUUUGUGGCCGUCCGCACGCAGGGCUGCCACACCGCCGGGAAACUCAAGUUGAAGGACAGCAUGGUAAUGAAUCAGCUUCUCUACUUGAUACAGAAUGAUCCUUCCCCGGAGGUCAAAGUUGCAGCAAUUGCUGCCCUGGCGAACAUUGGCUGCCUCACCCCCUCCCUGCGGGAUCUCCUCCUGUGGGCCCUGCACCAUGAGGUGGAGCCCGGGGUGCGUGUCGCUGCCUGCCAAGCUUUGCUGAAGUUGAGGGUGAGGGGGCCAGAGCUGCAGCAAGUCCUGCAGGAACGUUUUGCACUGGAGCCCAAUCGCCAAGUGCUCAGACAUAUCGAAGAGCUCAUGAAAUUGCAUGGUUACAAACUUGAAUGUGACAAGGGCAUGGUCCUCAAAAUCAAAGAUCAGGUCCAUAAACUGUGCACCAAGGACAUCAUCAUACAGAAAGUGAUGAUUGUGCAGGAGCUUAUGUCACUACAGGAGACCAAGAGGAAGCUCCAAGGGCCUCAGGACCACCCUGAGACAUCAGACAGCCUAGUCCUCGCCCAACUGCUUUAUGAGCAGUUUAAGGGUUGCAAACAUGCAUUCCUCACAGAAGUAAAGUCCCCACCAAACAUUAAAAUGGAAAGCAAGUAUUCACUCAAACCUGAGCCCACAAGUGCAGACUCACCAGAAGAUGACAAAGCACCUACCCAGAAAUAA